AUGAGCUAUGGUCUUCCCAAAACAAUUGCUUUGGUAGCACUUCUUUUUAUAAUAAGUCAGGUCGAUAAUCGAUUAUCUAGUCUUCUCUCGGGAUAUCAGCCCCAUCAUUCAAAAGCAAAUACAGAGAACCCUGAUUACAGUGGAGCAGCUGCCACUUCUUCCAUUCCCAACCAAACCUUCCAGAUAAAGCAUAUUUAUCACCAUGGAGCAGGAGAACACUAUAAAGUGCAUCGCCGGCUUGAUAUCACCCCGGAUUUCAUAAGUCGCCACCAGCUUGAAGCUAAAAGAUUCUCUGGUUCUGAUCUACAGCAGCUGAGCGUUCCAGAUUCCUUUCAAGAUGUCAGUCCCUGGACUGCUAAAAUCCCUUUAAAUGUUGAUCCUGCUUUCCCAUUUCGCCGACUCGAAGAUCGUUCUCCCGAUACCAUAGAGUCUUAUCUCAAAUAUAUACACUCUGAUAUCGCCAACAUCAAUAAGGUGGAGCUUGAAUGGAUCGAUGAAGUUUCGCCGGUGCCAAACGUUACUGAUAAAAAUACCGUUUUGAACUUGGCAAUUAUGGCUUCUAAUGCGUAUGUUGGUUUGCCAGGCACCGGAGAUUGGAAGGAUGUUGGUAUUCCCUGGCACAAUGAGAGUAGCUAUGGCUGGAUGAGUGACGGUCUUAGAGGCCAUGUGUUUGUAAAUGAAGAUGAAUCAAUUGUGGUGAUUUCCAUCAAGGGUACCAGCGCCGCAUAUGUUUCCAAAUUAGAUGUUGAUGGGGCUCAGAUUAUCGAAAGUUUGGAAUACAACAAUGAUGAAGUUACCACAUUAGAUGGUAGUGAUACCGUGAAUAACGAUAAAAUUAAUGACAAUCUCUUAUUUUCUUGCUGUUGUGCUAGGGUCAGCUACCUUUGGACAACAGUUUGUGAUUGUUACAAAAGCUCUUAUACCUGUGAUCAAAAAUGUCUCGAAAAGGAACUCCGUCGUGAUGAUAGAUAUUACCAAGCGGUUUUAGAUUUGUAUCGUAAUGUGACUUCUCAUUACCCUAAAGCUAACGUUUGGGUUACUGGCCACUCUUUAGGAGGAGCUUUAUCUGCUUUAUUAGCCAGAACUUACGGGUUGCCAGCCGUCACUUUUCAAGCUCCUGGUGAUCUACUUGCUACAAAAAGACUUCACUUGCCUGUACCACCAGGACUUCCAAGUGAUUGGGAACAUGUGUGGCACUUUGGUAACACUGGUGACCCAAUAUUUAUGGGGGUUUGCAAUGGGGCCAGUUCUACGUGUUCGCUUGGUGGCUAUGCUAUGGAAUCACAAUGUCACAGUGGGAAAACUUGCAUUUAUGAUACAGUUACAGAUUUGGGGUGGUCGGUUAGCAUUUACAAUCAUAGGAUCCAUGCGGUUAUUGAUGAUGUGAUCAUGAAGUAUAACGAGACUGCUGAAUGUCGUAUGCCAUCGCCAUGUCAGGAUUGUUUCAAUUGGAAGUACGUGGUUGACGAUUCAGAUGAUAAGUACAAAACAAGUACUACCAAGGUUCCAUCCUCUUCGAAGUAUAAGUCUUGUACUACCUGUCUGGCUACUAGCAGUAGUAGUGUUGAGCAUAAGUGCAAAAAGUUCAAUUGGUUGGGGAAGUGUGUUGAAUGGGAAGAUGACUUGAACUGA